AUGAAUGACAACUCUAAAAAAAAGUCAAAGCUUUAUGCUAUAAAAUUUAAAUUCAGCAGAAAGUUAAAAUAUGAAGUUUCUGAUGACUUAGAUCCUAUCGUUCCUGAUGAAUCUCUAAAAUUUUAUAAUCAUGUUCAAGGUGACUGUGUCGGCCAUAUUGAAUCGGCUGCUUUAAAUCCCAUCGUUUUCCCAAAUGAGGAAGAGUUGGAUUAUAACAGGACAGAAAACAUGUUCAAACAAAUGUAUCAUAAGAUAUAUCAAUUGAGUCAUGGUAGGGACCCUUCCAAUAUAAACCAAAAUUUAUCUGAAGGUUAUCUUAAUUGGCUUAAGGAUCCAACAAAUUGCGAUUUAGUAUGCAAAAAAUUCUCAACUUCUGAUAGUGACACGGACGAAACGUCAGACUUUGAAACGUCGCAAUUUGAUGAGAAAGUCAAACAAUCCUUAGAAGAAUACAGAAAAUCAGAGAUAAGAAAGCAAUUGAUUAAAGAGGGAAACUUUAAGGAGGUUGAAAAGUCUUGGAAUCCAGUUAAAAUGGGUUCGCGUGCAGUGAACCACCUUAAAUUAAAAAUUAUUGAUGAUGAGGCUGAUUUAAAAGUAUUACAAGAAAAAGGUUCUUUUGGUAUUGCUAGUAACCAUUUUAUUACUGUUAACUAUUCAGAUAACAAAUACUUCCAAGCUACAGAAAUUAUUAGUGUAAGUGAUGAGAAAUCAGUUUAUACAAACAAUGCUAGUUUAAUCAAUGCCAAUAAAAGUCUUCAAAAUUCAGAGAGUAAUUAUCAAAUUGAGCAAGUAAGUAAUGAUAAAGAACAAAAGACAUCGACAUUGAAAUCAUUCCUGUUAUUAUUAAAAUCAUUUGUUGGUACUGGAGUGCUUUUCUUGCCAAGUGCCUUCCAUAACGGAGGUUUAUUCUUCUCUAUUGUAAUGAUUAUGUUUUUUGGUGUUUAUUCAUUUUGGUGUUAUUACCUAUUGGUUAGAGUAAAGACAAUUACUGGUUUAACCUCCUUUGGUAAUAUGGGACAAAGAGUAUUUGGACCAUGGAUGAAAUUUAUUAUUCUACUUUCUUUAAUUUUAAGUCAACUAGGGUUUGGAAGUACCUAUGUCAUUUUCACUGCAAAGAAUUUUAAAGCUUUUAUUGAAAAUGUCACUAAUAUCAAAGAUUUUAAUAUUAUUUAUCCAAUAUUGUUACAAUUCAUUAUUUUUGUUCCAUUAUCCUAUAUUAGGAGAGUUUCGAAAUUAACAUUGCCGUCUCUGAUUGCAAAUGGAUUUAUUUUAAUUGGUUUAUCUUUGGUAAUAUAUUUCAGUAUUGACCAUUUAGCUGGUGAUCUACAUGGGAAACCAGCAGAUGGGAUAAUCAGUUUUUUUAAUACCAAACACUGGACCUUGUUCAUCGGAACUGCUAUAUUUGCCUUUGAAGGGAUUGGGUUGAUCAUCCCACUUCAAAACUCUAUGAGAGAUCCAUCUAAAUUCCCGUUAGUUUUGGGUUUGGUUAUGAUUUGUACCACUGUUAUGUUUAUAAUCAUUGCAACCAUCGGUUAUUUAUCUUAUGGGUCAUCAACUGAAACUAUUAUAUUACAAAAUUUCCCACAAAAAAACAUAGUAGUCAACCUAAUCCAACUGUUUUAUGCGUUGGCAAUAUUACUAUCUACGCCAUUGCAAAUAUUCCCAGCAAUUGAGAUAGUUGAAGAUAAGAUAUUCCCCAAACCAGGAUCAGAUCCUGAAUGCAAGGAUGAAAUUCCAAUCACAACAAUUUAUAACGCUAAUUCAGGAGGAUUAGAUUGGAGAAUUAAAUGGUUUAAGAACAUGAUUAGAACAAUGAUCGUUACCUGUGUCAUUCUGCUUGCUUAUUUUGGAUCUAAUAACUUGGAUAAGCUUGUAGCAAUCAUUGGAUCAUUGGCUUGUAUUCCAUUAGUCUACAUGUAUCCACCAAUGUUGCAUCUAAAGACGUAUAGUAUCCCAAUGUCAAAGGGUAAGAGAUUCACCUGGAGUAAGUCUUUUGACUAUAUAUUAAUCGUAUUUGGAGGUGUCAGCAUGGUUUAUACCACUUAUCAAAGUAUCAAAGAUUGA